AUGUUAAAAGUUGCUCACAGCAAUGCCGUUUAUAAAGCGUUGCAGGCACAAGUUAGAUACACCCAUCGUACGCAUUACAAUGUGUUAAAAAUACAACCUAACUGCACGACGAGGGAUGUUCGAACUGCUUUCAUUCAACUUUCUAAAGAACUACAUCCUGAUGCGAACGUUGGCAACAGCGAGAAUUAUGACAAAAAGUCCUUUGUUGAGCUACUGGAAGCUUACAAAGUGCUCAGCAAACCGGAAGCACGUGCUGCUUAUGAUUAUGAGUUAUCAUUGAGCAAGAAUCCAGGGAAUGAGGUAUUUCACAGACCGUGGGCUGCGAAUACAAUGCAUUAUAACAACGAAGAACAACCGUACUACGGAAUUAAGGGGGUCAAAAAGGUUAACAAUUGGACGAUAGUACUGUUUUGCGGUAUUUUCAUGCUAAUCGGCAUCGUUCUUCAGGUUGCUGCAAUCAGUAAAUCUUUCACCUUUAAACGAGAUCAACUGGACGAAUUCUCGAGGCAGAAUGCAAUCACCCAUGCUGAGGUACGCGAAGAAGCGGAGAAGUAUGGGAACGAAGCGCAAAUUGAGCGAAUGAAAGCAAAACUUAACAAGGAAGGAAUAUAG